AGUGCUGCAGCAAGAGGACUGCAUCGGGGGAAAAAAAAAGCAUUGUCGUGCGCUGGCAAUCAGCUCUCAUCCUAUUUUACAGUUUAAAAAAAAAAAAAAAAAAAAAAAGCCAACAAGAUUUUCUUUUUUCCCCCCUCUUUUCCCAUAAAGGAGAUUCUGAUGCAAUGGCUAACUAUCAGCACAGUCCACUCUUCUCGCCAUAAAUGACGCCUGGCCGAUGAUUGCCACAGCCAUUGUGGGUUAUCUCCUGUGGUGACUGCAGACUCAAGAGUUUUCUUCCCUGCUGCAUCUUGAGACCCACUGAUCUCACCAUUCCUGCAAUCCUCCCGUCAGCCUACAUUCACCUGUCUCGCCCAUCUUCCCUCUUUCUUCUACUCCUGAGUAUCCUUUGAACCCCCGUGAAGACCUACUGGUGGAGCCAGAAUGGAGGACACUUACAAUAACAGGACUUCUCUGGCAAAGGGGGCCAAGGACAUGGUCAAGGAGGCCAAGCGGCACGCAGCAAAGAAAGUCAACAAGGUGGUGGACCGCGCAACAGAUGAGUACUCAUCCCACCGCAACUACAGCCGAUUCCAGGAUGAGGAGGAUGAAGAUGAGGACUUCUACCGGAACCCCCCGAGGCAGGACGGAGAGGGCUACCAUGACAACGAGGAGGGCUCCAGUGAUGCCACAGAGGGCCACGACGACGAGGACGAGAUCUACGAGGGCGAGUACCAGGGGAUCCCCUCAGCAGGGGACAGGAAGCAUAAGGAGGGCCAGGUGGCACUGGGGCAGCCGGUGUCAGACGCCACAAGGGACCAUAAGGAGCUGGAACAAGAGAGGCAGGCUGAUGAGGAGGAGCUGGCCCAACAGUACGAGCUGAUCAUCCAGGAGUGCGGCCACGGGAGGUUCCAGUGGCAGCUGUUCCUGGUGCUCGGGCUAGCACUCAUGUCAGACGGGGUGGAGGUGUUUGUGGUGGGCUUUGUGCUGCCCAGUGCAGAGACGGACAUGUGUGUGCCCAACUCCAGCUCAGGAUGGCUAGGCAGUGUUGUUUACUUGGGGAUGAUGGUUGGGGCGCUCUUCUGGGGAGGGAUGUCAGACAAAGUGGGCCGCAGACAGUGCCUCCUCAUUUGCAUGUCCACGAAUGGCUUCUUCGCCUUCCUGUCAUCUUUCGUCCAGGGAUACGGCUUCUUCCUCCUUUGCCGUCUCUUUGCAGGCUUCGGGAUAGGAGGCGCUGUGCCCAUUGUUUUCUCCUUCUUUGCAGAGGUGUUGUCCAGGGAGAAAAGGGGAGAACACCUCAGCUGGCUGUGUAUGUUCUGGAUGAUUGGAGAGAUCUAUGCAUCUGCUAUGGCCUGGGCCAUCAUACCACACUAUGGGUGGAGCUUCAGUAUGGGUUCAGCGUACCAGUUUCACAGUUGGAGGGUGUUUGUGGUCGUCUGUGCCCUGCCCUGUGUCUGUGCUGUGGUGGCACUUACCUUCAUGCCUGAGAGUCCCAGAUUCUACCUUGAGGUGGGGAAGCAUGAUGAAGCCUGGAUGAUCCUCAAACAGAUCCACGACACCAACAUGAGGGCGCGUGGGCAGCCUGAGAAAGUCUUCACCGUAAACAGGAUCAAGAUCCCUAAACAGCUGGAUGAACUGGUUGAAAUGGAAUCAGAGUCUGGCAACCCAGUUUCCAAGGUUUUCUUUAGGAUAAAGGCUGAAACACAUGGGAUCUAUCUGAAUCUUAUGAAGUGCUUCAACUACCCUAUGCGGGAAAACAUGAUGCGCCUAGCCAUAGUGUGGUUCACGCUGUCAUUCGGGUACUAUGGGCUGUCGGUCUGGUUCCCUGAUGUCAUCAAACACCUUCAGGCAGAUGAGUACGCCUCCAAAGUGAAGAUCCACAACAACGAACGCAUUGAAGACUUCACCUUCAACUUCACCCUGGAGAAUCAGAUACACAAAAAUGGCCUCUUCAUUAAUGACCGAUUCAUCAGCAUGAAGCUGAGGUCCGUCACCUUCAUUGACUCUACCUUUCGUAACUGCUACUUUGAUGAUGUGACAUCGGUGGGCUCUUUCUUCCGUAACUGUACUUUCAUUGAUGCAUUCUUCUUCAACACAGACAUCGAUGAAUCCAAGUUGAUAGAUGGCACAGAGGUGGUCAACAGCACAUUCACACACAACAAGACAGGAUGCCAGAUGACGUUUGAUGACGACUACAGCGCCUACUGGGUUUACUUCAUAAACUUCCUCGGGACGCUGGCUGUUCUGCCCGGCAACAUUGUGUCCGCCCUUCUCAUGGACAAAAUUGGGCGUCUGUCAAUGUUGGGUGGCUCUAUGGUCCUUUCAGGCAUCAGCUGCUUCUUCCUGUGGUUUGGCACCAGUGAGUCCAUGAUGAUUUUCAUGUUGUGCCUUUACAACGGCCUGAGCAUCUCUGCCUGGAACUCUCUGGAUGUGGUCACUACUGAGUCAUUCCCUACAGUCAGAAGAGGAACAGGCUUCGGGUUCUGCAAUGCCCUGUGUAAACUGGCCGCAGUCCUGGGGAACCUGAUUUUCGGUUCUCUUGUUGGCAUCACCAAGGCCAUCCCCAUCCUCAUGGCCUCAUCUGUGCUCGUCGGUGGAGGACUGGUUGGACUCCGGUUGCCUGACACUCGGGCAAAUGUCCUCAUGUAACACCAGCGUGGCGUUCGUCAGCUGGGAUAAAACCUGAAUAAAACCUGGGUGAAUCCGUGAGGAAGCCCAGGGAGUGUUGGGUAAGGAGUGCAAAUCGCUUGGUUCAUACAUAUCUUAACACUUACUUACUUAAUUACAUUUCACAGAUGUACUUUCAUCAAAGCCAGAUAGCAACCAACCUUUUCAUAGUGUGUUUGACUUUUAUCCUACAAGUCAAACUCAUUAGAUUCCAUGUAAAUCAAUGACAAAGCUCAGUCAUGUCAGAAUGUAUUGUUCAGAGAUUUCACAUGACAGAGCUAGGAGUUUGCAGAGAUUUUAGCACUUGGAGAGAGAGAGAGACUUUGGUGGAGUUUCGCUCAGUGACUAGAUGCGCCUUCCAGCUGCAGCCGUAACCUUGCACAGAGUCACUGCAUGGUUAAAUCUCAAGGUUUUUAAUAUUGAUACAGUCUUAUUAAGACAAGCCAGAUGGGGAGAAAAGUGAAAAACAAGCUGUAAUGAGCACAGCCAACCUGCUGUUUGACAACGUAGGGAAUAGAUGAUCAGACAGAGCGGACACACGACACAGCUGUAUGACAGCUGGCCUGCCCACAAGACCCACAUACAGGGGACAUGUUGAAGACAGCGUGCAGGAAGUCCAAACACACAAAUACAUAAAAAGCCACACAAAAAUGAGCUUUGUGUGCAAAUACAUGUCCUAAAAUAGACUGACACUCACUUUUCCCCCCACUCCACACUUACAUCACACUCAAUACCGUAUUUUGCUCAACAUGACAUUUGCUCAGACAUCUGCAACCUUUUCAAGGUAGAUCAUAGUACGACACCAAGCCCUUUGCAUUACCUACUCAGCCAAGAAUCAAAAAGGCCAUAUUGAAAAACUGUAUUUUCUUGUACCAAUAAUUGUAUGGUAUGUUGAAUCUGAGGAUGUUCAUUUUAUUUUUGCUGUGUUAUUGUGGAAGUCGGAAUGAUGAAUUAUUCAUUUUAUCCAAAUGUGGUUAGUCCAGGUCCCAUUCCAUGUGUAUAUUAUUGUACGAAGGCUCUCUGAUGAGCCAUCCUUCUGAUUCUUGUUAGCUUUGUGUUGGAUCUUGCUUGUGGCAGUGGCGUUGAUAAUGACAUGUCAUGCUGCUUCCUUUUAAAAAUACUGAAUGGCCUUUUUUAAAUGUGCCUCUCCUUAACUGGAGCAGUCUGCCCAUAGUCAUGUGGUGUCCCAAGGUUAUAAGGAACAGACAGAAACUGAAUAGGGGGUGAAUAGAUAAAAAUAAUAAUGGUGUUUUUGUGAAUAUAUGUGAAAUAUAUGGCCGAUACAAUAUUUUUAUUAGGCUGUGAAUAAUUUUUUUGGUCUAAACCUCAUCUCUUUAGUUGGACAUCCCUAUUUUGAUAAAACAUUUAUUUCUGUCAAAUAAGCCUCCUCACCUUCUGAAAAAAAUUUGUUACAAAAGGUAACAAUGAGUCAUAGUGUGAUCAAAUCGUGUAAGUUACCAUGCAUGACUGCAAACUAAUAAUGUAAAUAACAAUCAGGGUGAAUUUGUGCCACCCAUGCUGAAAAUGUCCCCUAAAACCUUUUGACUUUGUAUCUUAAAUCAUCUGGGAAAGAUUCAGCUCAAAAUCAUGUUUGUGCAAUUGUUUCAUUUGAAGUUGUGAAACAAAUACAAAACCAGAUGAGCUUUGUCAUUUGUAGUGAUUUUGUGAAAAACCAUAAUCUCACACUUGAAAACAUGUCCUACCUUGUACUAAUUACUUCUGUCUUUUAUCAUUGGAACCUCAGUGCAUACAGCUAAAGAAGAUAACAAGAUCAUAAAUAAGAUGAAAAUAAUAAAGAUAAUGAUAGUAAGAUCAUGUCGCUAUUUUCAAAGUGUUAAAAUACCUCUAAAAAUUUAAAUGUAUAUUGACAAUUUUCAUAUGAAAAUUGACAUUUUUCAUAUAUGACAACAUAACAGUUCAGUUGCUCACAGUCUUGUUUAAUUUGUGUUUGUGGAUUGUAUUUUCUGUGGCUAACAGCUUGUGUUCUCCUGCUGUUCUCUGCAUUUGUGGUAUCUGUGAUUGCAGCAUAGAGGUAGUUUGCCUUUGCACUGCAGUUGGCUCUCUCAAGGCUGCUCAAAAAAAAAAAAAGAAAAAAGAAAAAAGAAAGAAAAAGAAAAAGAAGAAGAAGAAGAGAAAAAGGCUUCCAAGGUGGUACUGUACAUGUGCACCCAUUUCCAUAAACCUAACUUUUUUCUCAUGUUUUGUGAAAUAGUUUGAAAAUACAUAUUGAGGUGUGCUGCUAUUGCGCAACAGAUAUAUUUUGACCACAUGAUUUAAAUAUUUAUGAAUAUUUUUGUCAUACAGAUUCUAAAUGAAUGCACUGAUAUCAUAUCAAAGCAAUGACUUUUGUAGCAAGAAUAACAGAAGGACUGAUCUGUAUGGUUCUGGUUAAAACCUUAAUUAGUGGCAGAUCUACCUGUUGUGCUAUAUUGGGGAGAAAUUAUAUUACUUGUUAUGUUUGGGGUAUUUGGGGUAUUGCUUAUAUGUACUGUAUUUAUGCGUGUGUGUGAGUGUGUUUGUAUAAAUGUGAGACAGAGAAUACUGUAUGUGUGUGAGGGUCUGUGUAUGGAUGCAUGAGUGUAAAUAUUAUGUACAUAUCAAAGCUGAUAUUGGUGAAAUUCUGGGUUAAAUGUGUAUAAAAUCCUUGAUCGACUCAUGUGUCUCUUGCUCUGUCCAAGCGAUAAGUCCAUCUUCUGUAUCUCUGUUGUACAUCUCUGUGUGUCCUUGGCUUUAAGUCCCUAUUCACUUGCUUCUCUAUGUGUGCGUGUGUGUGUGUGUACCAACUUGCAUGUGUGUAAGAAAACUUCUGUUCUUUUGUGCUCAACUUUGCGUUCUUACUGUAAAACUCUUCUGGCAGAAAAUGAUGGCAAUAUUAACACUUUUGUUGGGGAAAAAUGUGAAUGUAUCGCUCUCGUAAGUUCUGUUCAUCCAUUUUAUGGAGGUAAUCAAAUGUAUGUGGAGAAUAAAGUUGUGUAUAUUAUUGUGAAGGGCCUGUCAGUCAUAGGAUGACUGAGCCGUAUGUUCAGAGGUCCAUAAGUGUGAAAAUAUGUGAAGAAAUAUUUGCCAAAUAAAUAAUGAUUGAAACUGGGAA